UUAUGCUACAUUUACCUUAAUGCUUCAUUGCAGAUUUACUAAACGCUCUAGGAAUACAUCCUACGAGAAUAAGACAAAUGUAGAAUUGGAAAGCAUCCCAGACAAAGAGACGUUCUGUUCAAAUGAUGCCAACGWCAGACCCGGUAUACAAAGCGAUGCAUCUUGUGAAGCCGUGGUAGACAAUGCUUCUCAUUACCAAUCYCUCAGUUCUGCAACUCGACGUACCGUUGAUGAGGCGCGGCCUCCUCAGCUUUAUGAGCCAUUGAUUAAAAAUUCUAAGAAACCUCGGCAAAGCGAAUAUGCGUCAGUCCAGAUUAAUAGCCGUUCGAAUCCCGAGGGUGUGGUUGAAGAAAAAAACCCUAAGGAAAAUGCCACCGUUGCAUAAAAAACGACUGCUCAAAUUAAUAGUAAAUAAUGAAUUAAAAUUGUGCAAAAGCAUUGUUAAGUUAAUGCAAAUAGCCAGCAAACAUUGACUUGAUGUUUUUGACUAACUUGAAAGGUAAAUGAAGUGAUUAGAAAGUUGAAAUAUUAUUUUUCUUGGCAAAGAUUAUUGUUGUUGAGUUGGUUCUAUUUUGAAUACUAAUUUUAGAGUGUCCUAUAAUAAACGAAUGUUAGUAAA